AACCACAAACAACUAUCGAAAAUAUGGCACGUACCAAGCAAACCGCCCGCAAGUCGACCGGAGGAAAGGCGCCUAGGAAGCAGUUGGCGACCAAAGCCGCACGUAAGAGCGCGCCAGCCACCGGUGGUGUGAAGAAACCCCAUCGUUACCGCCCGGGAACCGUCGCUCUCCGUGAAAUCCGUCGUUACCAGAAGAGCACGGAACUGUUGAUCCGCAAACUACCGUUCCAACGUCUGGUCCGUGAAAUCGCCCAGGACUUCAAGACCGAUUUGCGAUUCCAGAGCUCCGCCGUCAUGGCCCUGCAAGAGGCCAGUGAAGCCUAUUUGGUGGGUCUGUUCGAAGACACCAACUUGUGCGCUAUCCACGCUAAGCGUGUGACUAUCAUGCCGAAAGACAUCCAAUUGGCCCGUCGUAUCCGUGGAGAACGUGCAUAAUUUUUAUCAUUUAAUAAAACAAAUCCAUUAAAAAGGCCCUUUUCAGGGCCACCAAA